AUGAACGCCUACGUUGUCGGUCUCAUUGUUCCCCUCGUCAUACUCCUCUUCCGAAACUCCACCAACCGCAAACGCCGUGGCUCACCUGUCUAUGUCGGAGGCGAUCCCGGCUACACACUCCGCAACCACCGCUUCGCUUCGGUGCUGAGUUCUGCCUGGGAAAACGUUACCACUCUCGCGGAGAUGUUUGAGCAUUCAUGCAUGGCCCAUCAUGAUAAACUGUUGCUCGGGACGCGUGAAUUGGUUUCGAGAGAAAUGGAGAUUUCUUCCGAUGGAAGAACGUUUGAGAAGCUUCAUUAUGGGGAGUAUAAAUGGGUUACGUAUGGAGCUGUUUUUAAAUCUGUUUCUAAUUUUUCUUCUGGGUUGUGGCAUAUUGGCCAUGUUAGGGUUGAACGUGUUGCGAUUUAUGCGGAGACUAGAGAAGAGUGGUUUAUUGCAUUGCAGGCUUGUUUCAGGAGAAAUGUGACGGUUGUGACAAUGUAUGCUUCGUUGGGAGAGGAGGCUUUGUGCCACUCAUUGAAUGAGACAGAGGUUACAACUGUGAUUUGUGGGCGCAAAGAAUUGAAAUCACUUGUGCAUAUUUCCGGACAGCUUGACUUUGUGAAGCGUGUGAUAUGCCUUGACGAUGAUGUCCCAUCUGACGCCUCAUCUGCUCAGCAUGGAUGGAAACUCAUUUCCUUUUCUGAUGUUGAGAGGCUUGGUAGAGAAGACCCUGUUGAGGCUGAUUUACCCGUUUCAGCUGAUGUUGCAGUUAUAAUGUACACAAGUGGAAGUACAGGGUUGCCUAAGGGUGUGAUGAUGACACAUGGAAAUAUUGUAGCAACCGUGUCGGCUGUAAUGACAAUUAUUCCUAACAUUGGGAAAAAUGACGUAUAUCUAGCAUACUUACCAAUGGCUCAUAUCCUUGAAUUAGUAGCUGAGAAUUUACUUCCAGCUGUUGGAGGCUCUAUAGGAUACGGAACUCCUUUGACUCUAACCGAUACAUCGAACAAGGUAAAGAAGGGGACAAAGGGGGAUGCCACUGCAUUAAUGCCAACUCUGAUGGCAUCUGUACCAGCAAUUCUUGAUCGUGUACGUGAUGGAGUUUUCAAGAAGGUAAAUGCAAAGGGAGGAUUAUCAAAGAAGUUGUUUGAUUUAGCCUAUGCACGAAGGUUGCGGGCAAUUAAUGGUAGCUGGUUUGGUGCUUGGGGCUUGGAAAAAGUUCUAUGGAAUUUUUUUGUGUUCAAAAAAGUCCAAGCAAUUCUGGGUGGUCAUAUUCGUUUUAUACUAUGUGGUGGUGCACCUCUUUCUGCCGACACACAAAGAUUCAUCAAUAUUUGUCUUGGUGCUCCAAUAAGUCAAGGAUAUGGUCUCACGGAGACUUGCGCUGGUGGGACAUUCUCUGAUUUUGACGAUACAUCUGCUGGCCGUGUUGGACCACCUAUUCCUUGCUCAUAUAUCAAGCUAAUUAACUGGCCUGAAGGUGGAUACUCAACUACUGACUUACCAAUGCCUCGUGGUGAAAUAGUAAUUGGUGGUGCAAAUAUCACUCUUGGAUAUUUCAAAAAUGAAGAAAAGACAAGAGAAUCUUACAAGGUUGAUGAACGAGGAGUAAGGUGGUUCUACACCGGUGACGUAGGGAGAUUUCAUGAAGACGGGGUCCUUGAGAUCAUUGAUAGGAAAAAGGACAUAGUUAAAUUGCAACAUGGAGAAUAUGUGUCCUUGGGAAAGGUUGAGGCAGCUCUUCUUGUUAGCCCCUUUGUGGACAACAUUAUGUUGUAUGCUGAUUCUUUUCAAACUUACUGUGUGGCACUUGUGGCUGUUUCUCAUUCUGCAUUGCGUGAAUGGGCUUCAAAGCAAGGGAUUUCUUAUUCUGAUAUUUCAGAACUGUGUCAGAAAGAAGAAGCAGUGAAGGAGGUGCAUGCAUCACUUCUAAAGGAAGCAAAGAAGGCUCGUCUGGAAAAAUUCGAGAUUCCUGCAAAAGUUAAAUUGCUUUCUGAUCCAUGGACUCCUGAAACCGGGUUAGUCACUGGAGCCCUUAAGAUCAAGAGAGAUAUCAUUAGAAAGACUUUUCAAGAAGAGCUCUCAAAGUUAUAUUCCAAAUAG